AAGCGCGUCGUAUCGAGAGGACACCAGAAUAUAUUUCUUUAAUAUAAUAAUUAAAAAGGAGAAAAUGCUCACAUUAAGAAGGUAGUACUUUAAGAAAAUUUAAUAGGUCAGCGAAAUGACGACUUUGCAUGUCCAUUUUCUUAUAAAGAUGGAAACGUUGGUCUGAUGUUUUAAUAAUUUCACUGUCAAGAGAUGGCAACUAUUAGACGCGUGGUGGACCGCAGAUUGUUACUUCACCGUAACAUUCCAAGGACAUCAGUUUCCAGAUUUUUUAAGACCUCCAGCGGCUCCAGGACUGUCAUGCCCGCAUGGGUCAUUGAUAAGUAUGGAGGCAAUGAUGUUCUGAGGUUCACCAAAAAUGCCAGCUUCCCCGUCAUUACCUAUCCCAAUGAGGUUAUAGUCAAAGUGUUUGCUGCAGGACUGAACCCGAUUGACGUCAGCAUGAGAGGUGGCUAUGGUGCUGCAACCAUGUCCACCAAGAGAGACCCUCUGAACAUAAAUCAGAAGGGCAGUGAGUUCCCGCUCACCCUGGGGAGGGACGUGUCUGGGGUUAUCAUGGAGUGUGGCCUUGAUGUGAAAUACUUCCAAGAAAGGGAUGAGGUGUGGGCUGCCAUCCCACCAUGGAAGCAGGGAAGCUUGGCUGAGUUUGUUGUGCUAAGUGCCAAUGAGGUGUCCCUCAAACCAAAGUCACUGAGCCACACGGAGGCUGCAGCCAUCCCUUACGUGGCAACCACUGCUUGGUCGGCUCUCGUCAACACCGGCGGGCUCACUAAAGACAACUGUGCCAAGAAACGUGCUUUGAUCAUCGGAGGGUCUGGGGGAGUGGGAACGUUUGCCAUCCAGAUGCUGAAAGCGUGGGGAGCCCACGUGACUGUAACAUGCUCCCAGAAUGCUGAGCGUUUCGUCAGGAAGCUCGGAGCGGACCAUGUAGUGGACUACACGGCGGGACCUGUUGAAGUGCCGCUCGCUGCCCUGGACAAGUUUGACCUGGUCCUGGAUAACAUUGGAGGCAAUACAGAAAGCUGGGCGUUGAAUUUACUCAAGCCAUGGAGCGGCGCCAAGUACGUCACCCUAGUGACGCCCUUCCUCCAGAACACCGACACCCUGGGGAUUGCUGAUGGAAUGCUGAAGACGGCUGCCACUGUGGCCAGUAAGGCCCUCAAGCACCUUGUUAAGGGAGUCCACUACCGUUGGGGAUUCUUUGCACCGAGUGGUCCAGCACUGGAUGAAAUCAGGGAGAUGGUAGAUGCAGGGCAGGUCCAUGCGGUUGUCGAAGAAACUUUCAGCUUUGCACAGGUUCCUCAGGCUUUUGCAAAAGUGGAGAAGGGUCACGCCCGAGGAAAGACAGUGGUUCAGAUCAACGUGGGGACAGAUGAUGCGUAGCAGCAAAUUACAAAAUCAAAAUAUGUCUUUGACUGCUGAAAUUGAGUGUAAAGAGUGUUUAGAAAUGUGUUUAUUUUUGUCAUCCUCAAUUAAACCAUCAGAUGAGUU